UGAAUCAGAUAGAAGAGUCAGUUGUCAAUCACACCCUGUUCUACGUUCUCCUCAAUUUGCUUAUAAUAAUUCGAAGGUUGCAACUUUACUGACUCUUCCACGUGUAUUGGUCAGUCGUCGACGCUUUUAGUCUUCGCCGGCCUCUCAUUUAUUCUCACUAAAAAGCCUGUCUCGUUCAGAUUUCUGAGUUUUCACUGUUCUACGUCUACCCAUUUGGAGCGUCUUUCUGUUUCGGCUCAGCUUCAACCAUCUUGCUUCCGAAAUCAGGUCACUUUUAGUCUAUAAGAAAUGGAUGAUCAUGGAAGAGAUGAGGUACCUAUGCUUUCAGAUACUCAUCCAGAUUCAUCAAAUGAGCACCUGGCAUUACAAAUCGAGAGAUUUAUGUCUAGGACCAGGAGCGCAUCAAUUUCCAUUCCUAUGAACUCUAUGGACGCAUAUGAAAGGGGUGAAGUUAACCUUGUAGGUCAUACUGGUCCCUUAAGGACUCACACAAAAUCGCCCUUCUUAGCUAUGAGUGGUCCAUUACAUGCUAACCGCGGCAGGCCUGAUAAUGUUCUGAGGCUACCUCAAGGUGUGGCGGGGCAAGAAGCAGAGGAGACUACAGCAGAAAAGUUUCCUUCUACUAAUGUAACAAACGAGAAUGAGUGGACAAAUGACGACUAUACUGCAAAAAACGAACAUUUACUGAGAUCUGGCCAACUGGGGAUGUGCAAUGAUCCUUACUGCACGACUUGCCCUACUGUCUAUAAGCCUACUCAUGCAAAAUACUUGAGGCCCUCGGGUAUCUUUGAUCAAAAGUUCCAUAAUGCUCUCUAUGGGGAUGCCAAAGGAUGGGCGAGGAGGUUUUUCUCAUGUCUGCGUCCAUACAUUCCUGGAGUUAUGAACCCUCACGCUAAAAUUGUGCAACAGUGGAAUCAGUUUUUCGUCAUUACUUGCUUAAUAGCAAUUUUUCUAGAUCCCUUGUUUUUCUUCCUGCUGUCCGUUCAAAAGGAUAAAAAAUGUAUAGUCAUUGAUCAGCCAUUGACCACUACUUUUGUGGUUUUCAGAAGCAUGACUGAUCUCAUUUACUUAAUGCACAUACUUCUCCAGUUUAGAUUGGCUUAUGUGGCUCCUGAGUCUAGAGUGGUUGGUGCUGGAGAACUAGUUGACCAUCCAAAGAAAAUUGCUCUCAAUUACCUUAAAGGAUAUUUUCUGAUCGACUUUUUUGUUGUACUACCACUUCCUCAGAUCAUACUAUUGGUAGUUCUACCAAAGAACUUGGGAUCAUCUGGAGCAAACUACGCAAAAAAUCUUUUACGUGCUGCUGUUCUUCUUCAGUAUAUUCCCAGAUUGUGUAGGUUUCUACCUCUUGUUGCUGGGCAAUCUCCAAGUGGCUUCAUAUUUGAGUCAGCUUGGGCCAAUUUUAUAAUAAAUCUUCUCACUUUCGUCUUAGCUGGCCAUAUCGUCGGAUCAUGCUGGUACCUCUUUGGAUUACAGAGGGUUAAUCAAUGUCUUCGAGAUGCCUGUAACGACUCCAAGAUUGUUGAAUGCAUGAGCUUCAUAGACUGUGGGCAUGGAAGUGACGAUGAAGAUUCUAAAGGGAAUAAUAUACUGCGGGAUACCUGGAAAAACAAUUCAUUUGCCGGUGCUUGUUUUUACCAAAAUGGUUUUGAUUACGGAAUUUACGCUGAAGCUGUUAACCUUACGACGGAAAAUAGUGUAAUCACAAGAUAUGUAUAUGCAUUAUUUUGGGGAUUUCAGCAAAUUAGUACUCUGGCUGGGAAUCAAACUCCAAGCUAUUUUGUGUGGGAAGUUCUUUUUACAAUGGCCAUUAUUGGCCUAGGUCUCUUGCUUUUCGCUCUUCUCAUAGGAAAUAUGCAGAAUUUUCUGCAGGCUCUUGGCCGGAGAAGGUUAGAAAUGUCACUAAGACGUCGUGAUGUUGAGCAGUGGAUGAGCCAUAGACGUUUGCCAGAUGAACUGAGGAGGCGAGUAAGACAAGCUGAAAGGUACAAUUGGGCAGCUACCAGAGGAGUAAAUGAGGAAAUGCUUUUGGAGGUCUUGCCGGAAGACCUUCAGACAGAUAUAAGACGCCAUCUCUUCAAGUUUAUUAAGAAAGUAAGGAUUUUUGCCCUCAUGGAUGAACCAAUCUUAGAUUCCAUUUGCGGAAGACUAAGACAAAAGACAUACAUUCAAGGAAGCAAAGUAUUGUACCGUGGUGGUCUAAUUGAGAAAAUGGUCUUUGUUGUGCGUGGAAAAAUGGCCAGCAUUGGAGAAGAUGGGAUUAGAGUUUCCUUAUCUGAAGGGGAUGUUUGUGGUGAGGAACUUCUCACAUGGUGUCUCGAACAUUCUUCGGUAAAUAAAGACGGUAAAAAGAUCAGGAUUCCUGGACAGCGAAUGCUGAGCAACAGGACGGUGAUAUGCUUAACAAAUGUUGAAGCAUUUUCACUAAGAGCUGCUGACAUUGGAGAAGUCACCAGCCUCUUUGCCAGAUUCUUGCGCAAUCCACGUGUUCAAGGAGCCAUAAGGUACGAGUCACCCUACUGGAGAGGGCUUGCAGCAAGAUGCAUUCAAGUGGCUUGGAGAUAUAGGAGAAAGCGCCUACAAUCCCUACGUCGUGCAGACACUUCUCAAUCCAAUCAUGCCUCAUAGUUGAAAAGUGACCUUGGUUGAGUUUAUGUGCAGAUCUAUGAUUGAAUACGUAUUCACUGAAGUAAUACAUAAUGUGUUACAUACACGUACAAUACUUACCCGAGUUAGAUCAGAAGUGUAAAUGGUCGAGUGUAUGUACACUUGUACAGUGAAUAUAUGGAGUUUGCUCGAGUC